AUGAAGAAGCAGACAAGCCUGCAGCGAAGGCUGCCCGAAAGCAACAGAAGCAGCAGGAGGAGAGUGAGGAGGAGGACGAGGAAGAACUGGACGAGCCUUCUGCAAAGGCUGCUCCAGCUGAGCAAGAGUCAAGUGAUGAAGACUGUAGACAAACCUGCCGCAAAGGCUGCCCGAAAGCAACAGAAGCAGCAGGAGGAGAGUGAGGAGGAGGACGAGGAAGAACUGGACGAGCCUUCUGCAAAGGCUGCUCCAGCUGAGCAAGAGUCAAGUGAUGAAGAAGCAGACAAGCCUGCAGCGAAGGCUGCCCGAAAGCAACAGAAGCAGCAGGAGGAGAGUGAGGAGGAGGACGAGGAAGAACUGGACGAGCCUUCUGCAAAGGCUGCUCCAGCUGAGCAAGAGUCAAGUGAUGAAGAAGCAGACAAGCCUGCAGCGAAGGCUGCCCGAAAGCAACAGAAGCAGCAGGAGGAGAGUGAGGGAGGAGGACGAGGAAGAACUGGACGAGCCUUCGGUCUCACGGCCCUGCAGCGCCAGGCAGAACAUCAGGGUAGCGCCGCCAAGCUGCGGAAGAUGAUCCAAGAGGAGUCUUGGAGGUGGAGCAAUUGGAAGAAGAGAUCUCAGCCGCCAAGGUCAAAACCGGAAAGUUCCUCCAAGCUGAGUGAGCAUGGGCGAUGA